UGACAUCAGUUGAGGAGUUUCAUUUGUCAGAAGGAAUUUUUCUUGUCAUUUUCGCUUUUCGGUGGUGGAGAAAUCAAUAUGGUUAAACUCGUUUUAAGUGCAAUUUAAGUGGAUUUUAAAUGCGAAUUUAACCAAAUAAUUAAUAAAGAAAGCUUCAACGAUAAAUGGUAAUUGUGUGGCAUAUGAAAUAUACCGAAAAAUAAGUUUCUGUGCAAAGAAAGAUGAAUUUGUUGUAACAUUAUAAAGUGACCGAAAAGGAAAAGUGGAAAUUUUUCAAGUUGGCUAGAGAAAGGGUAGACGACGUAAACGACGAAGAAACAUGGUAGAAACAGAGAUACUGUAGAUAACUACAAUAAAAAAUGACUAUCAUUCGGAAAAGUUAAAUACAUAGCUUGUCAUCUCAUUCUAACUAAUAUGUUAAGUGUUUUUGUGGACAAAGCAAAGCAAAAGUGAACAGGUCAAAAGUCUUGUAAUAUACGGAUGUGUGUUUUGUAACACCGAGAAGUGAAUCUGAACAUUGAAGUCAAUUUUAAAAAAAGGUUCACUGAGAAGAGAUUAAUAAUUAAAUAAAGUGAAUAAGUGCUAAAUAAACGCUGGCAAAACGAAAAACAACUAAUAGCAAAAGCACGCAAUCGAUCGAACGAAAAAAAAAGAGUUUUAAGAAAUUAAAAUUAAUUUAAAUAGUGCGAAAGGUGUCAACUAUAAGAUAACACAGUGCGAUCCUGAAGCACUAACUCAUAACCGCAAUCAUAAUUGCAGCAACGUUGCAGUUAAAGAUAAGGAGUGUGUCAAUAUUGUAGCUGCAUAAAAUGACGCAAGUUUUGCCUAUACGCUUCCAGGAGCAUUUACAGCUCACAAAUGUCGGCAUCAAUAUCAAUUCGAUUUCGUUCAGCACUCUCACCAUGGAGUCGGACAAAUUCAUUUGCGUGCGUGAAAAGGUCAAUGACACCGCACAAGUGGUCAUUAUCGACAUGAACGAUGUCAGCAACCCGACCCGGCGUCCAAUCUCCGCCGACUCGGCCAUCAUGAAUCCAGCCAGCAAAGUUAUUGCGCUCAAAGCUCAAAAGACGUUGCAAAUCUUCAAUAUCGAAAUGAAAUCGAAAAUGAAGGCGCACACCAUGACCGAGGAUGUUGUCUUCUGGAAGUGGAUUUCUUUGAACACGCUGGCCUUGGUCACCGAAACCUCUGUCUAUCAUUGGUCCAUGGAAGGCGAUUCCACACCGCAAAAAAUGUUUGAUCGCCAUUCAUCGUUGAAUGGCUGUCAAAUUAUCAACUAUCGUUGCAAUCCAACGCAACAAUGGUUGUUGUUGGUGGGCAUAUCGGCAUUGCCAAAUCGUGUGGCCGGUGCUAUGCAGUUGUACUCGGUGGAGCGCAAGGUCUCACAGGCCAUCGAAGGUCACGCUGCCUCUUUUGCCAGCUUCAAGUUGGAGGGCAACAAGGAGGCAUCGACACUGUUUUGCUUCGCUGUGCGUACCGCAAGCGGUGGUAAAUUGCAUAUUAUCGAAGUAGGUGCACCACCGGCUGGCAAUCAGCCUUUCCCCAAGAAGUCGGUGGAUGUGUUCUUCCCACCGGAGGCGCAAAGCGAUUUCCCUGUCGCCAUGCAAGUUUCAGCCAAAUAUGAUACCAUUUAUUUGAUCACCAAAUAUGGCUAUAUCCAUCUAUAUGACAUGGAAACGGCCACGUGCAUCUACAUGAAUCGUAUCUCGGCCGAUACGAUCUUUGUGACGGCACCGCACGAGGCCAGUGGCGGCAUUAUCGGUGUUAAUCGCAAGGGGCAAGUACUCUCUGUGACCGUCGAUGAGGAGCAAAUCAUACCGUACAUCAAUACGGUAUUGCAGAAUCCCGAUUUGGCUUUACGCAUGGCCGUGCGCAAUAAUCUCUCCGGCGCUGAGGAUCUCUUUGUGCGUAAAUUCAAUAAACUUUUUACAGCAGGUCAAUACGCCGAAGCGGCUAAGGUGGCGGCGCUCGCACCAAAGGGUAUCUUGCGUACACCGCAAACAAUACAACGCUUUCAGCAGGUGCAGUCGCCUGCUGGCUCUACGACACCACCACUCUUACAAUACUUUGGCAUACUACUUGAUCAGGGCAAACUGAACAAGUACGAGUCGCUGGAGUUGUGCCGCCCAGUCUUGGUGCAGGGCAAGAAACAGUUAUGUGAAAAGUGGUUGAAGGAGGAGAAACUCGAGUGCAGCGAGGAGUUGGGUGAUUUGGUGAAGACAUCCGAUUUGACAUUAGCGCUAUCAAUUUACUUGCGCGCCAAUGUGCCCAAUAAGGUUAUACAGUGUUUCGCCGAGACAGGACAAUUCCAAAAGAUCGUAUUAUACGCUAAAAAGGUCAACUAUACGCCCGAUUAUAUAUUCCUUUUGCGUUCGGUGAUGCGCACCAAUCCGGAACAGGGCGCCGGUUUCGCUUCGAUGUUGGUGGCCGAAGAGGAGGAACCAUUAGCCGAUAUCAAUCAGAUUGUCGAUAUAUUUAUGGAGCAUUCAAUGGUGCAGCAAUGUACUGCCUUCCUGCUGGACGCACUCAAGCAUAAUCGCCCGAAUGAGGGUGCUUUGCAGACGCGUUUAUUGGAAAUGAAUUUGGUAUCGGCGCCACAAGUAGCUGAUGCUAUACUCGGCAAUGCUAUGUUUACGCAUUACGAUCGUGCGCACAUCGCACAACUAUGCGAGAAGGCCGGUUUGUUGCAACGCGCAUUGGAACACUACACCGACUUGUAUGACAUCAAGCGCGCUGUGGUGCAUACGCAUCUGCUGAAUGCCGAUUGGCUGGUGGGCUACUUUGGCACGCUAUCCGUGGAGGACUCGCUGGAGUGCUUGAAAGCCAUGUUGACGGCGAAUAUACGCCAAAACUUGCAGAUCUGCGUGCAAAUCGCUACCAAAUAUCACGAGCAAUUGACCACAAAAGCGUUGAUUGAUCUCUUCGAGAGUUUCAAAUCUUACGAGGGACUCUUCUACUUCCUCGGCUCGAUCGUUAACUACUCGCAGGAUCCCGAGGUGCAUUUCAAGUAUAUACAGGCGGCUUGCAAAACCAAUCAAAUCAAGGAAGUGGAACGCAUUUGUCGGGAAUCAAACUGUUAUAAUGCGGAACGCGUUAAGAAUUUCCUAAAGGAGGCCAAACUGACCGAUCAGUUGCCGCUUAUUAUUGUUUGUGAUCGUUUCGACUUCGUGCACGAUCUAGUACUCUACCUGUACCGCAACAAUCUACAGAAAUAUAUUGAAAUUUACGUGCAAAAAGUGAAUCCAUCACGUUUGCCUGUUGUCGUUGGUGGUCUCUUGGACGUUGAUUGCUCUGAGGAUAUUAUCAAAAAUUUGAUACUUGUCGUAAAGGGCCAGUUCUCGACCGAUGAGCUAGUGGCUGAAGUGGAGAAGCGUAAUCGUUUGAAAUUACUAUUGCCGUGGUUGGAGUCGCGCGUGCAUGACGGUUGUGUUGAGCCCGCUACGCACAAUGCAUUGGCUAAGAUCUAUAUCGAUUCGAAUAAUAAUCCGGAACGUUUCCUCAAGGAGAACCAAUACUACGAUAGUCGCGUGGUCGGACGUUAUUGCGAGAAACGCGAUCCCCAUUUAGCAUGCGUAGCCUACGAACGUGGUCAAUGUGAUCGCGAGCUGAUCGCUGUUUGCAAUGAGAAUUCGCUGUUCAAGAGCGAAGCGCGUUAUUUGGUGCGUCGUCGCGACCCCGCCCUCUGGGUGGAAGUGUUGUCCGAAUCAAAUCCCUACAAGCGCCAAUUGAUUGAUCAGGUCGUGCAGACAGCGUUGUCUGAAACACAGGACCCAGACGAUAUCUCUGUGACGGUGAAGGCCUUCAUGACCGCUGAUCUACCCAAUGAGUUAAUUGAAUUGCUCGAAAAAAUUAUUCUUGACUCGUCUGUGUUCUCCGACCAUCGCAAUUUGCAAAAUUUGCUGAUCUUGACCGCUAUCAAGGCCGAUCGCACACGCGUCAUGGACUAUAUCAAUCGUUUGGACAACUACGAUGCGCCCGAUAUUGCGAAUAUCGCUAUUUCGAAUCAAUUGUACGAAGAGGCAUUCGCCAUCUUCAAGAAAUUCGAUGUGAAUACCUCAGCUAUACAGGUGCUUAUCGAGCAGGUGAAUAAUUUGGAGCGCGCUAAUGAGUUCGCCGAGCGCUGCAACGAGCCGGCCGUUUGGUCACAGCUCGCCAAAGCACAAUUGCAACAAGGACUCGUUAAGGAGGCCAUUGACUCGUACAUCAAAGCCGACGAUCCAAGCGCGUACAUGGAUGUGGUGGAUGUCGCCUCGAAGGCCGACUCCUGGGACGAUCUGGUGCGUUAUCUACAGAUGGCACGCAAGAAGGCGCGCGAGUCGUAUAUUGAAAGCGAACUGAUCUAUGCCUAUGCGCGUACCGGACGUCUCGCUGAUUUGGAGGAAUUCAUUUCGGGUCCGAAUCAUGCCGAUAUACAGAAGAUCGGCGAUCGUUGCUUUAACGAUGGCAUGUACGAUGCGGCCAAAUUGUUGUACAACAACGUGAGCAAUUUUGCACGUCUCGCCAUAACAUUGGUCUAUUUGAAGGAGUUCCAGGGCGCCGUAGACUCGGCACGUAAAGCUAAUUCGACACGCACCUGGAAGGAGGUGUGCUUCGCUUGUGUCGAUGCCGAGGAAUUCCGUCUAGCGCAAAUGUGCGGUCUGCACAUCGUCGUGCACGCCGAUGAAUUGGAAGAUUUAAUCAAUUACUAUCAAGAUCGUGGCUACUUUGAGGAGCUCAUUGCGUUGUUGGAGUCCGCUUUGGGACUGGAACGCGCACAUAUGGGCAUGUUCACUGAACUGGCUAUACUCUAUUCGAAAUUUAAGCCGUCUAAGAUGCGUGAGCAUCUCGAGCUGUUCUGGUCGCGUGUCAACAUACCAAAAGUGUUGCGCGCAGCCGAAUCGGCACACCUUUGGUCCGAACUGGUAUUCCUCUACGACAAGUAUGAAGAGUACGAUAAUGCAGUGCUUGCCAUGAUGGCACAUCCGACGGAGGCUUGGCGUGAGGGUCACUUCAAGGACAUCAUUACUAAAGUGGCCAACAUCGAACUCUACUACAAAGCUAUACAAUUCUAUUUGGAUUACAAACCAUUGUUAUUGAACGAUAUGCUAUUGGUGUUGGCACCACGUAUGGAUCAUACACGUGCCGUUAGCUUCUUCUCGAAGACCGGUCAUUUGCAAUUGGUGAAACCAUAUUUACGUUCAGUACAAUCGCUCAACAAUAAGGCGAUUAACGAGGCGCUCAACGGGCUACUCAUCGACGAGGAGGACUAUCAGGGUCUACGUAAUUCCAUUGAUGGUUUUGAUAACUUCGACACAAUCGCAUUGGCACAAAAACUGGAGAAGCACGAAUUGACCGAAUUUAGACGCAUUGCUGCCUAUCUGUACAAAGGCAACAACCGCUGGAAGCAGAGCGUCGAAUUGUGCAAAAAGGACAAACUUUACAAGGAUGCAAUGGAGUAUGCGGCUGAGUCGGGCAAGCAGGAGAUCGCAGAAGAGCUACUGGGUUGGUUCCUGGAGCGCAAUGCCCAUGACUGUUUUGCUGCCUGUCUAUUCCAAUGUUACGAUUUGCUGCGGCCUGAUGUUAUACUGGAGUUGGCAUGGAAACACAAUAUCAUGGACUUCGCCAUGCCCUAUUUGAUACAAGUAAUACGCGAAUACACCACCAAAGUGGAUAAACUGGAACAAAACGAAGCGCAACGCGAAAAGGAGGACGAAACCGUCGAACACAAGAAUAUCAUCACAAUGGAACCACAACUGAUGAUAACCGCUGGACCGGCUAUGGGCAUACCACCACAAUAUGCGCAAAAUUAUGCGGCGGCGCCUGGCUAUGCGCCAAACAUGGCUUAUCCCGGCUAUGGAAUUUACAAAUAAGGUAAACGUCAAAUCAAACUACACCAACAACCAUUCAGUUAUAUAGCUUGGUUCCUCAUUGUCCAUGUACAACUGUCUGCCCACUCAAACACGCUCUAUAACAUAUGGUCGCACACUAGAAAACCGUUAAGCGAUUAUUGGAAUUGCAUAGGGAAAUUAACAGUUAUAAUUAGAGAUUUUUGUUUGGGAAAUAUGUUUUUAGAGCGUUUUGUACUAAACAAAUAGCAUUGGAAGAAUAUAAUUUUUGUAAACUUACUUUAAAAAAUAAAAAAAAUUUAAAUUUUUAUAAAAAACAGUUUUUUGAAAAAAAAAAUUUUUUUUGAAGAAACAGUUUAUUUAAAAAAAAUUCUUUUUUGAAGAAACAGUUUUUUGGAAAAAAAAAUUUUUUUUUGAAGAAACAGCUUUAAGUUACUGAUAAAAUAAUAAUGAAAUGCCUAAUACAGCAUAGAAUAUUGAAUGAAAGUUGCAUAAAAAUGCGAAAUGUACAUUUCUUGAGGUUUUAAUUAAAAAAUAUAGUAUUACAAUUCGUAUUUUUUUAAACUCCAUAUUUUGAAUUUUUAAAACAUAUUUUCAUUGUACAUCGAAUUUAAGGCAUAUGAAGAAGUUGGAAAUACGUUUUUAUGUGAAUAUAUGUAUGUAUAAUACAAAAAAAUAUUUUAUUAAAAGUUUUACUUUUAAAAUUAAUUUUUUUCGAAAUAAUUUCUGUUAGCCUAGAAAGCCAGUAAAAAUAUCGUAUUCACAAAUUUUAUGUAAAGUGAGGUCUAAAAUAAUUGUUGUUUUUUUGGAGUUAGUUCCAAAAAAAAUUUAAAAUUUUCAAAAACACUACAGUACAGAGGAAGGAGAAGCACUUUGAAGGAGAAAAUGUAGACACUAUGACAGCGCAAGAAAAUUUAAUUUACAAAAAAAUUAAAUAUACAUAUUUAUGUUUUCGGUGAAAUAAAAUUUUGAAAAUGCAAUGCAAUAUCCAAAUAAAAAUGCUUUUGUUCGCCUGACCAUUGUAAAAACACAUAAACAGAGGUAGCGUAUUUUAGUAAAGUCAUUCAUAAUGCUAACAACUACAAACAAUCACAAAAAUAAUAGAAAAACUCAUUAGAAAUGGCUUGGAUUGAAAUAUUAAAAAAACUUACUUUAAUAAAAAAAUGUUUUAAUCAAAAAAAAAUUUUUUUUAAUAAAAAAAAAUGUUAUAAUUAAAAAAAAAAUUUUUGUUUAAAAAACUACAUAACAAAUUUGAGUAAUUAAGUACAACAAAAAAAAAGAAGACAUAUUAAGUUAACUACAAUAAAAAUACAAAAAAACAUGUUUAAAAUAGUAAAUUUUUAAGGUUAAAGCAUAAAAAAUCUUAAAAUAUAGUUUUGCGCCGUAUUUGCAAAGAAAAAGUUAUAUACGCUAAAAUUACAGAAAAGGGAAGCAUUUAAAAUCAUACGUUAAAAAAUUAAGUCACAAAAACAAAAUAAAACAAAAGUAAUAAAAUACAAAUAAAAGAAACAUAUUAUAUUCACUAACUAGUUCACAGAUACAGUUUUUGUUGUUGCAAAAUUGAAAAUAUACUACUCUUAUUGUUUAUUAAUGUUAAAAAACGGCAGAUUGCAAAGUGUAAAAUAUGAAUAUUAAAA